UGUGUGUGUGUGUGAGUGUGAGAGCGAGUGUGUGUAUGAGUGUAAUGGCGGUUUGCGUUUGGGCGGCAGCCCCGUUGCUCUUCUUGGGGCUGUGCCUUUGCAGCGUAGGGGGCCAGGCCCAAGGAGAGGUCCUGGAGUUUGGGGGCGUAUCCAGCCAGUGGGGGCGGUUUCCCGUGUGGAAUGCCUGCUGCGAGAGCGUGCUGAGUUUCAGUCUGCGGACUCACAGCCAGGAGGGCCUGCUGCUCUACCUGGACGAUGAGGGCUUCUGUGACUUCCUGGAGCUGCUGCUUCUCCACGGCCACCUCCGCCUCCGCUUCUCCAUCUUCUGUGCCGAGCCAGCCGAGCUGCAGUCAGGCGUGGCGGUGAGCGAUGGACGGUGGCACGCGGUGCGUGUCAAGCGGGACUGGAGGAACACCUCGCUCGAGGUGGAUGGGCGACUGGAGGGCUGGGCGGAGGUAAAGAGUAAGAGAAGAGACAUGACGGUAUUCAGUCACACGUACGUGGGCGGGUUGUCGUCRGAGCUCCACUCCUCGCCUCUGCGCCUCACCUCGCCCUCGGUGAGGGAGCACGCCGCUUUCCGUGGCUGGAUCACGGCGGUGAGCAUCAACGGCUCGCUGGUGACGCUGGACGGCUCCGAGGGCGUCACAGUAACAGCUGGCUGUGGGCCGGACCACCAGUGCCAGAAUGGAGGGGUGUGCAGCGUGGUCAACGACCAGGCCGUCUGCGACUGCUCCGACACCGGCUACCAAGGCAAUGACUGCAGCGAAGAGCACAGCUACACUCCAGGUCUGGCACACCUGAUGAUUGGCGACCAAGCCCGUGAGGAGUACGUUGCCACCUUCAAGGGCUCCGAGUACUUCUGCUACGACUUGUCGCCCAACCCCAUCCAGUCUAGCAGCGACGAAAUCACGCUGUCCUUCAAGACCCUGCAGCGCAACGGCCUGAUGCUGCACACGGGCAAGUCCGCUGACUACGUGAACCUGGCACUAAAGAACGGUGCCGUGUCCCUAGUCAUUAAUCUGGGCUCCGGGGCCUUCGAGGCCCUGGUGGAGCCKGUCAAUGGCAAGUUCAACGACAACGCCUGGCAUGACGUCAAAGUCACCCGCAACCUGAGACAGCACUCAGGCAUUGGACACGCUAUGGUGACGAUCUCCGUGGAUGGAAUCCUGACGACAACGGGCUACACACAGGAGGACUACACCAUGCUGGGCUCUGAUGACUUCUUCUACGUGGGAGGAAGUCCCAGCACUGCUGACCUGCCUGGUUCUCCUGUCAGCAACAACUUUAUGGGCUGUCUCAAAGAGGUGGUGUACAAGAACAACGACGUACGGUUGGAGCUGUCCAGACUUGCUAAACAGGGAGACCCAAAAAUGAAGGUUAGUGGCGUGGUGUCCUUCAAGUGCGAGAGUGUAGCAACGCUGGACCCAGUGACCUUCGACACCCCAGAGUCAUAUGUAGCGCUGAGCAAGUGGACGGCAAAGAAGGCAGGAUCCAUCUCGUUUGACUUCAGAACCACAGAGCCGAACGGAUUGAUGCUCUUCAGCCACGGCAAGCCCAGACAAAUGCAACGCAAAGAUCCACGCACGCCUCCCACUGUCAAGGUGGAUUUUUUUGCCAUUGAAAUGCUGGAUGGGCAUCUAUACCUGCUGCUGGACAUGGGCUCAGGAACCACUAAGACCAAGGCCAUUGACAGAAAGGUCAACGAUGGAGAAUGGUACCAUGUUGACUUCCAGAGAGACGGACGCUCAGGGACCAUCUCGGUGAACAGCGUGAGGACGGCGUACACAGCCCCGGGAGACAGCGAGAUCCUGGAUCUGGAUGACACCUUGUACCUCGGAGGGCUUCCCGAGGACCGAGCUGGACUCAUCUUCCCCACGGAGGUGUGGACGGCUCUGUUGAACUACGGCUACGUYGGCUGCAUCAGGGACCUUUUUGUCGACGGCCAGAGUAAAGACAUCCGGCGGCUAGCGGAGGCCCAGAGGGCGGUCGGGGUGAAGCCCUCGUGCUCCAGAGAGCCUCCAAAACAGUGCCUGUCCAACCCCUGCCAGCACAACGGCGUCUGCAGAGAGGGCUGGAACCGUUACGUCUGCGACUGCUCCGGGACCGGCUACCUGGGACGCUCCUGUGAGAGAGAUGCAACCAUCCUCUCUUACGAUGGGAGUAAGUUUAUGAAGGUGCAGCUGCCUGUGGCGAUGCACACCGAGGCRGAGGACGUCUCGCUACGCUUUCGUUCCCAGCGGGCCUAUGGCGUUCUCAUGGCAACCACAUCCCGGAACUCCGCAGACACCCUUCGUCUGGAGCUGGAUGGGGGCCGCGUCCGUCUCACUGUAAACCUAGACUGUAUCAGGAUAAACUGUACAGCCAGUAAAGGCCCUGAGACCAUCUUUGCUGGGUCUGGCCUCAAUGAUAAUGAAUGGCACACGGUGAGGGUGGUCCGACGUGGCAAGAGCCUCAAGCUCACCGUGGACGACCUGCAGCCUGUUGAAGGUCAGAUGGCGGGUGACCACACCCAGCUCGAGUUCCACAAUGUGGAGACGGGCAUCGUGACGGAGAAGCGCUUCAUGCCCGCCGUGCCCUCCAAUUUCAUCGGCCACCUUCAAGGCCUGGCGCUGAACGGCAUGCCCUACAUCGAUCUGUGCAAGAACGGCGACAUCGACUACUGCGAGCUCAACGCCGUCAUCGGUUAUAAGAGCAUCGUGGCCGACCCCAUCACCUUCCGCUCCCGCUCCAGUUUCGUCACGCUGCCCACGCUGCAGGCCUACUACUCAAUGCACCUCUUCAUGCAGUUCAAGACGACGUCCCCCGAUGGUCUUAUUCUCUUCAACAGGGGAGACGGCAACGACUUCAUUGUUGUAGAGUUGGUUAAAGGCUACCUUCAUUACAUCUCCGACCUGGGCAACGGYGCACACUUGAUCAAAGGCAACUCGAACAGCCCUCUCAACGACAACCACUGGCAUAAUGUGCACAUUUCCCGAGACACUAACAACCUGCACACAGUCAAGAUCGACACCAAAGUUACCACACAGACCACAAUGGGUGCCAAGAACCUGGACCUAAAGGGGGAUUUGUACAUCGGGGGUGUAACCAAAGAGAUGUACCGAGAGCUGCCCAAGUUGGUCCACUCCCGCGAAGGAUUUCAGGGUUGUCUGGCGACGGUUGAUCUAAACGGCCGGCUCCCGGACCUUUUAGCGGACGCUUUAGCAACAAUGGGCCAAGUGGAGAGAGGUUGCGAAGGUCCCAGCACAACAUGUCAGGAAGAUUCCUGCUCAAAUCAGGGCGUUUGUUUGCAGCAGUGGGAGGGCUUUACCUGUGACUGCAGCAUGACCUCAUAUGCCGGACCGCUGUGCAACGAUGCUGGGACUACCUAUAUCUUUGGUCGUGAUGGAGGCGUGGUGGUUUAUACGUGGCCCCCCAAUGAACGUCCGAGCACCAGGGCGGACCGACUCGCCCUCGGCUUCAGCACCCAACAGAAACACGCUGUCCUGCUCCGAGUGGACAGUGCGUCUGGUCUUGGGGACUACCUACAGCUCCAAGUAGACAAGGGCAACAUUAGAGUGGUGUUCAAUGUUGGCACCGAUGAUAUCAACAUCGAGGAGAGCUCCAAGUUUGUCAAUGAUGGGAAGUACCACAUAGUUCGCUUCACCCGAAGCGGUGGCAAUGCGACCCUCCAACUGGACGACCUGCCGGUCAUAGAGCGGUACCCCUCAGGCAACAAUGAUAACGAGCGCCUGGCCCUCGCCAGACAGCGAAUCCCCUAUCGGCUCGGUCGAGUAGUUGACGAAUGGCUACUCGACAAAGGCCGCCAGCUGACCAUCUUCAACAGCCAGACGACGGUGCACGUCGGCGGAGGCGAAAAGGGCGCGCCCAUGUUCCAGGGGCAGCUGUCCGGCCUUUACUACAACGGCCUCCGCAUCCUCAACAUGGCCGCCGAGGGCCACCCGCACAUCAGAGUGGAGGGCAGCGCCCGGCUGGUCGGCGACAUGCCGUCCUCCUCCAUCACCCCGCAGUCCGGCGCCGCGACCGGAGGCAACCGCUCCGACUCCGCCCCCUCCAUCAGCGACAUCACGACCACCACGGCCACGAACAGGAAGCAGGGCGGGACGCCGCAG